AUGACUGCGGUCGAGCAUCCCAUGAUCGUGAUGAUUGUGGGGUGCGCUGGCCUGGGUCUGAACCUCUUGACUAUCGCCAUCAUCCAUGCAUCGGCCCUCAUCAUCUGGCGAUGCCACGGAGAAAAGAGAUACUAUGCAGAUCCUGCUGUUAGCUUGUUUAUCUCAAUGAUUAUCUUUUACACCGGCAUGAAAGCUUCAUGGAAGAGUGGCCUUGUCCUGCUGCAGACUGCUCCCAAGGCGUUGGACCCCGAAGACGUGAAGCAUGAUAUCCAGAUGACCACCGGCCCCGACUCUGUGCACGACCUUCAUAUCUGGCAACUCGAUGAGGACAGGACCGUCGCGUCCGCCCAUGUCAUUGUCGACGAUAUCCGCAGCUUCACCGAAAAGGCCAAGACCAUCAGGCAAUGCCUGCACGCAUACGAUAUCCACUCGGUGACGCUGCAGCCUGAAGUGCGCCUUCAGCGCGCGCCCAACCAGUCUCCCCUUCAGAAUACACCGGCUUCUCGGAGUUCAGACGACGGAGCCACCACGGGGAGCGCAGGCGUGACGCCGACGGAUGACACCAAGGCGCUGACAGAAGGUGCCGUGGCGCCCAUUGCAGGCAGAGGCUCGUCCAUACACACACCAAACGGUGGCUCCGACUGCCAGAUGCCGUGCGCAACACUUUGUGCUGGAAUGAGUUGCUGCACGAAGGCAGCCGUCUAA